UUUUGACGCCAAGGAGAACGCUGCGAGCAACGACCUUCAUCAUGCACAGGCGAGCUGCCUUGGAGCUUUCUCGCCGUCAAGGUGUCGAUUGGUCCUGCGCAACAGCCCGCAGAAAUGCUGCUUUCGCCCCAGUGUUGAACCCUGUGCCCCGGAGGGGUUUCCGAGCCUUUCCCGCAUGUGCUGAUUCCUCAGACUCUCCAAAUGACUCCGGAACGCCCCGGAAAUUCGCUCCCCGUUGGGGAAGCAAGGCCACGCGAUCGGUAGGCCUGAGCCCGGCAGAGCAGGCAAUACGAGAUGCUAUGGUGGCGAAACAACACGAGCAACUACGGGAAGAGCAAGCACAUCAAGAUGCCUUGCUGGCAGAAGAAAGAGCGAAGCAGGAGCGGAGGGAUGCUUUAUUAGCAAGGCAGAAGGCGAAGGACGAAGAAGACCAGGCCCAGCGAGAUGCUAUUCUAGCCAGACAGCAGGCCAGGCAACGGGAAGAGGAAGCACGUCGGGAGGCGAAGAGACGGGAAGAGCAAGCACAGCAAGAGGCUUUAAUAGCACGACAGAAGGCGAAGGAAGAGGAAGUUCGGGCCCGGCGAGAUGCGUCAAUAGCGCAACAGAAGGCGAAGAAAGAGGAAGAGCAAGCACGGCGAGAGGCUCUGCUGGCGGCACAAUCGGCGAGACAACGGGCGCAGCAGGACAGUCCAAGCAUCAACCCUCCGGAGAAUGCAAACAAUCUUGCUAGUGCAACCCCUUCAAUAUCCUCGCAAAGUCCCGGAACAAGCUCUCCCUUUGGCGCAAAGUUCACUUCCCGCUGGGGAAGCAAAGCGUCCAAAUUCACGGGUCUGAGUGCGGCCGAGAAGGCGAUGCGAGAUGCUUUGAUAGCCAAACAGCAAGCACAGCAGGCUCCCCCAGAAACCAAUUCCUCAGACACCCCGUCCGAAUCAUCCGAUAACUUCAAAACGGGUUCCGCCGAGUUCACUAUUCGUUUCGGAGAUAAGAGAUUCACAGCAACGAGUCUGAGCCCGGAAGAGAAGGCAGCGCGAGACUCUCAGGCAGCCAAGCAACAGGCGCAGAAGAAUCUUUCAGAAACCACCUUAGAGACAUCAGAUAAAACCGCCGACACUCCCCUCUCAGAAUCCCCGAACGACGCGGCAAAGGGCUCUCCCGCCCAGACGGGGUUUACUAUCCGUUCAGGAGAUAGGAAAUUCCAAUCAGUGGGCCUGAAUGCGGAAGAGAAGGCAGCACGAGAUGCGCUGGUAGCCGAGCAACAGGCGCAGCAGAGUCCGGUGGAUCUCCACUCCUCAGAGACUUCGAACAAGUUUGCAACGGGUCGCAAAUUUGCAGCUCCUCGUUGGGGAACUAGGGCCACGACAUCCAUUGGUCUGAGCCCGGCAGAGAAGGCAAUGCGAGAGUCCCUGCUCGAGCAGCAACAGAGUCAACAUCCACAUUUACACGGUGAUAGGUCACAUUCCAGAUGGCAACAUCAAGGAUCUCGGUCACACCAAGAGCGCUCCAUCGAGCACGAUGGCUUUAGGCCGCGCAGAGAUCGCUUCGAUUCCUGGCGAACGGACGAUCGGUUUGACAGCAAUAGGCGAACGGACGAUCGGUCUGACAGCAAUUGGCGAACGAACGAUCGGUUUGACAGCAAUAGGCGAAUGAACGAUCGGUAUGACAGCAAUAGGCGAACGGACGAUCGGUCUGACAGCAAUUGGCGAACGAACGAUCGGUUUGACAGCAAUAGGCGAAUGAACGAUCGGUAUGACAGCAAUAGGCGAAUGAACGAUCGGUAUGACAGCAAUUGGCGCUCCUCCGAAGACAUGAUGUCGCAAGACUAUAGACGUUUCCGGCCUGAUGGGGCAAGGCGCAGUCGCUACGAUCAGAUUCCCGAGCACCUUCAGACGGUGGAUUGGACCUGCCCAGACUGCCGUUACCUUUGCACCGGGACGGAGAAGGCUUGCCCUUGCUGCAUGGCCCCCAGGCCUGAGCUAAGGUCGGAACAGCCGAACAAACCCUUCACCAUUCGGAAAUUGGACAGCAGCAGUACGCCGUCUUGGGAUGAGCGAAACCAGGCCUUGGACGAAUAUGCCACGAGAUACGAAGAAGAGCAAAGACAGCAGCAGGAGCAGGAGGAGAUGGAAAAGCAAACGCAAGACAAACCUCAAAAGUCUGUCCACGACUGGUCAUGGGAUACCUCCGCAUUGGACAAACUCAAUACGCAGCAGGACGUGGGAGGCUCGUCUGACAAGUGGUCUAAGCGACGAGGGGGUCGCGCGAAACCCCUCACGUUCGCGGAUGAGGAUGAAUUCGAUACGGAAGACUACCAGCGACGUCGUCAAGAGAAGAAGGACAAGAAGCGCAAGAAGAGGGAGGAGCGGAGAGAAGAGGUCGAGGCCGAAGUCGCCGAGCCCAGUCCUCUAUAUCUACCCGAGUUCAUCAGCGUCAGCAAUCUCGCGGACGUCAUCGGUGUGCGGCAGGCGCAGUUCAUCCAGCGAAUGGAAGAGAUGGGCUUCGAGAACGUCACGCAUAGCCACGUUCUGGAUGCGGAAACCGCCGGCCUCAUCGCCGCCGAAUACAACUUCGAGCCCGUCUUUGACACCGGUGAGGACGAGCUGACCGCCGCGCCGGAGCCCGAAGAUACAUCGAGCCUGCCACCCCGGCCGCCGGUGGUGACGAUCAUGGGCCACGUCGAUCACGGCAAGACCACCAUCCUGGACUGGCUUCGCAAGUCCUCGAUUGUGGACUCGGAACACGGCGGCAUCACCCAGCACAUCGGCGCCUUCUCCGUGUCCAUGCCCUCGGGCAAGACGAUCACCUUCCUCGACACCCCGGGUCACGCGGCGUUCUUGGACAUGCGUCGCCGCGGUGCCGACAUCACCGAUAUCGUCGUGCUGGUCGUGGCUGCGGACGACAGUGUCAAGCCGCAGACGAUCGAAGCGAUCAAGCACGCGACGGCGGCCAACGUGCCGAUCAUCGUGGCCAUGAGCAAGAUGGACAAGGAGGGCGUCAACCCCGACCGGGUCAAGCAAGAUCUCUCCGUCCACGGCGUUCACGUCGAGGACUUCGGCGGCGACGUGCAGGCGAUCGGCGUGAGCGGUAAAACCGGCGCCGGCAUGCUGGAGCUGGAAGAAGCGAUCAUCACGCUCUCCGAGGUGCUCGACCACCGCGCCGACCCCACCGGCAACGUCGAAGGAUGGGUGGUGGAAGGCACGACCAAGAGCUACGGGCGCGUGGCCACCGUGCUCAUCCGCCGCGGCACUCUGCGCGUCGGGGACAUCAUCGUGGCCGGCGAAACCUGGGCGCGGGUGCGCACCCUGCGCAACGAAGCCGGGGUCGCCGUCAAAGAAGCCACCCCGGGCAUGCCGGUCGAGGUGGACGGGUGGCGCGAACAGCCGACGGCAGGCACGGAGUUCCUGCAGGCGGAGCACGAGCAGCAGGCCAAGUCCGUCGUUGAAUACCGCCUCGAGCGGUCCGAGACGUCGAAGCUGGGGGAGGACACGACGGCGAUGAACGAGGCCCGCCGCGAGCUGAUGGAGCGGCGCCGCCUCCAGGAAGCCGGACUGGAACAGGACGAGGUCCAGUCGGGGCCCAAGCCGAUCCACUUCAUCAUCAAGGCGGACGUGCACGGGUCGGCGGAGGCGGUCCUCAACUCGGUGACGGCGGUGGGCAACAACGAGGUGUACGCGAACGUGCUGCGGGCGGAGGUCGGGCCGGUGAGCGAGUUCGACAUCGAGCACGCGGCGUCGGCGGGCGGGCACGUCAUCUCGUUCAACAUGGCCAUCGACCCGCGGAUCACGCAGAUGGCCGAGUCGCGCGGCGUGGCGAUCAAGGACCACAACGUGAUCUACCGGCUCAUCGACGACGUCAAGGCGACGCUGAGCGAGCACCUGCCGCCGCUGGUCACGCUGCGCGUCACGGGCGAGGCGGAGAUCGGCGAGAUCUUCGAGAUCAAGCUCAAGGCGCGCGAGCGCAUGUCCAUCGCCGGCUGCCGCGUGCGCAACGGGCUCAUCAACCGCACCAAGAAGGUGCGCGUGCUGCGCGGCCAGGAGACCAUCUACACGGGCACGAUCGUCUCGCUCAAGAACGUCAAGAAGGACGUCACCGAGAUGCGCAAGGACACCGAGUGCGGCAUGGCCUUCGAGGGCUGGUCUGAUUUCGAGGUCGGCGACCACGUGCAGUGCUACGAGGAGAUUUUCGAGAAGCGGUAUUUGUAGAACGGCGGGUACCUGGUGCCUCUUCUGCACUAUCACGGGUGCUUUUGGCUUUGCUGUACUAUUAUCAGUUUUUCUUGCAUCUCGUAGGAGAUGCAUGUACGCCGGAAGACCCGCAAAGCAUGGGGGGCCCUGGAAUACACAAGGGGGACGGUUGAUUCUUGUAUAUUAGUCUAAAAUAACCGGAUACCACAUAGACAACUUUUUGCAUACGAG